GGUGGGCUGAGAGGCACGGAAGAGUCUCCAGGUGCUCCGGAGCCUGGGCUCAAAGGCCCCAGGGUCUCUGCAGCAAACACCCUUGUCUGAAGGUACCAGGUUUUUUAAGCCCUGAUCUCACGCACUGUUUAUUGGUACUGCCCAGUUCCCACCUGCCAGCUCAUGUUUGCUUUCCUGGUGCUAGAAGACCAGGAAGAAGCAGCCCAAGGCCUCCUUGACCUUUUCCUGCUCCCCUUUGCAGGGCAGGAAGGGAUUGAAGAUGCCCUGAGGCCACCUCCUCCCGAGCGCUGCCAGCUCCUGGCCUGUUGCUGGGGGCUGGUUGCUGUGUUCCAGUUCUGGCAACAACAGUCCGGGGCUGGUGGCCUGGAGAGGCAGCCACCGGGGCCGUGUGGGCCGGCUGCAGGCAGGCAUGGAGCUGUGGGGGCACAGACCCUACGUCCCGCAGGGCACCCUCGAGACGGACUUCCCUCUGCCCCUCUGCAGCGACCAGUACGUGACACUGCGGGGGCCCCGCCAUGCCCCUGUGCUGCAGCAGGCCGGGCGCUGGAAGUACACCCCCAUGGGCCGGGACGCCGGGGGCCAGAGCUGGUCCACGGGGCCGAGCAGCUGCAGCGAGAGGGAAGACGCCUGGUACGCGCUGCCUUGCAGCGGCACCUGCCCGGCCCUCCAGCGCUGGCACCAGGCCCACGCCAGGCAGGAGCACCUGCCCCCAGGUAAGGAGUGGGGCAGAGACAGGCUGUCCUGUAUCUCAGGGCCAGCACGGAGAGAUGGCAGCAGACUGGAGGGAGGAAAUAGCACCAGGAUGGGGCUGAGCUCGAGGCGGAGCGAGGGGUUCCUGAGGCAAAGGAGGGGGGCACGGCGCUGCCCUCCCGCUCCUGCUGGCUCUGCUUGCUGCCCCACAGCUUACGCCCAGCGCCUGCGGGAGGUGGCAUGGUGGGACCCCGUCGUCCCUGCUCAGUACCUGGGACCCAGCACCCGCUGGGGAGCCUUCCUGUGGCAGGAGAAACCCACCCGGGGGAAGGAGUACGUUGCCACCCGCCACCAGAGCCCCAGGGAGCUGGGGGGCAGCUUGGGGUACGUCCCCGGCCUCUCCUUCUGCCACCCCCCCUUCACCACCCAGGAUGUCUGCACCUGGAGCCACCUCUGCCACCCACCUGUCACCACCCAGUGAAGGCUGCCCUGCAGGACUCCUCCGGGCCCUCCCUGGGGAUGGGGCUGGAGCAGACAGGCACCACCAAGUGCCCAGGUUCAGGUCUUUAUUAAUAAAAUAGUUUGGCCCUUUG